UUGAUUUUUAAUGUAUGUAGGAUAUGUUUGCUAAUAGGAAAGUAAUGUAUUUUGUGAAGGUCGUAGUGACCUACUUGGACUUGGUGUGGAUUACCACAGGAUGUGCGUACAGGGGACAACGUUAUAAUGGUGGAUUGGAAACGUGAUGACGCACGAUAGCAACAUUCGGGAGGAUCGCAAAGGCGUGGAAUCAGUCAAUCUUUAACGACUGUCCGUUGCUUUACGUCGAACGUUCUUAACGGAUACCCCACACAUCUUUGUGGAAAUACUUUUAUUUCACCAUGGACGAAGGAAGGUAUGGACAGGUUAGGAGACAGGAAGACCGGCACCGAAAAUUUGUCUGCAUCAUCAACGACAUUCUCAAAACAAAGACUGAUGUUUACGAGAGUUGUUUGUCUCGCGAGAAGUACGAGACCUCGUUCAAGUAUGUGAAGAACGCCAUGACAGUCCGGAGAGCCUUGGUGAGACAGAAGGUUCUCCAGAAAUGUCUUGAGAUGAGGAGGAGACGGACAGAUGGAGGGGUGUUUGGGAGGUAUAACGGCGCCAGCCUCCACUCCAUGUCCCGCGACGUGGAGUCCUACAUUGCGUCCAAGCAUCCUAAAGUCAGACGGCUUCAGAAGGUGCAAAAGCUGCUGAAGGACAGUGUUGAUAGUGGCGCCAUUUUGGAUACAGAAGCCAUGAAUGGCAAGGUUGAAGAAUUCUUUCGAAAGCGUAUCGAGAACCUGGAAAAUAGGAAGACGACGAGACAUUCCGUAAAGGAUGGCACAGUAGACAACGGCGGUACAGAAACAGAAGGUCGUGUUUCUAUUCAGACGGUUAAGGGCAAAGUACAAAAGCUGAAGGUUACACCCCUUCCGGAACUGAAGGUCAAGGACAAAUUAAUUGACCUUGAUACGAGUGAUCAACGUUUUAUUAGGGAGAUCGUAUCUCCGUCACAAGGGGAUACCAAUCCAUUUGUGCUCAAGAGGAGACCUACAUUAGUUCUACCUCCCAUUACACCAAGCAAAGCACUUGUUCAAUACUGACACUGAAAUAAUUUGAUGAAACUGUGAACUCCAAAAUGGUAAGGUCAGUAUUUUGAAACAGACAUUGAAAAUGUUUCUAAAUGGAACCUUACAGACAGAUUAUUGUCAUUCUGUAACGGUAAUUACUAGCUAUACCCAAAGUCCAAGUUUCUUUCCACAUGUUUAUAUUUUUAAUGUAUGCAACUAAAAAGUAUGUAUAACGAACCAACGAACUGAUUUUUCACUAAAACAGCCCUAAAGAUC